AUGUCGGCGUCUAACUCAACACUGUCGGACUCGGACAUCGAGACGCUGAGCGCUAUUGGCCAUGCCACCGUCGAGAGCAUAGUCUCCCUGGUCGUCGAGGCCAUCUUGUACACUAUAUACUUCGCUCUCGUCAUCAUCGUCGGUCGAGUCCUCCUUAACUUCAAGAGUCGUACAAGGACGUCCAUCGCGAUCUUCGUCAUCAUCCUGUUGAUGCUCAUGCUCGACACUGCGAUAUGCAUCAUUGACGUCCACAAUGCCAUUGUGACGAUCACCGCCACCCUAUACCCAGCUUCGUCGUCAGAGUCACUCACAGAUCGCUACGACAGCCUCAACUUGCCGUGGAUGGUCGAAAACGCGCUGACAGGCUUCAUGGCGAACUUGGGAGAUGUCAUCAUCAUUUGGCGAACAUGGGCGUUCUACAAAGGGCCUCGAGAGCGUUGGUUGCUUCUCAUCCCUAUCAGUCUCCUCAUAGGCUCCCUCACGAGCUCGUCCCUUCUCGCAUACUGCGUCACCAAGUUCGACGCCGUCCCCGGUUCAAGUGACUUUGCGAAGGCUCCCUUCUGCACCAACUUAACCCCGACGCAAGGUUACUCUGUCGAACUAGCGUCUAUGGUACUGGCCACAACCGCCGCAGCGACCGCCAUGAUAUGCUGGAAGACCUGGACAUACCGUCGCACGAUUGGAGCGAACCUUCGGCUCAACAAGAACAAGACGCGCGCAGAGAAGAUCAUGGUGAUCCUCAUUGAGUCCGGAGUGCUGUACUUCCUCUUCUUUUUGCAGGUUCUCAUCAGCUCUUCCACGACUGUGAAUGAUGCAGAGUUGUCAACGCCCUCGCUACAAUUCGCGACUAACGUUUGGACCUAUAUGACAAACCACAUCCUUGGAGCUUAUCCUGUCCUUGUCGUCAUCCUCGUCCGCUCCCAGCGCUCCUACAUCGAGGGUGCCAUCAACUCCGACGUCUCAAUAUCCACGCGCUCGUCCAACUCCCGCUCGUACCCUGAACGCCACACGCUCCCAUCUCAUCGGUUUGAGCAUGGUACAAGUACCAUCGGCACCAUGUGCUCUGAGUCAGAGGGCACAACUCGAUACGUGCCAGGGCGCGAUCAUUUCCUCGACAUCGACGUACACGAGCGACGUCCAGUUCGCGACGACCAGUCCUUCAGCGACGUUAGCAGAGUUAGAACUAGAGGAGACGAUGCAGAAGGCUCGGAGGUCCAGUCAGUCAAGUUCAAGAAGUCGUCUCGGAAGCACGGACAAGAUACGGAGAAGGCUUAG